UGCUGUCGACAGGAAGCAAAAGGGGGGGAGGCGACAGAGAGCAACAGAGAAAGGGAACGCCAAAGAGAGAGAGAGCUCAUUCACUUCAACCACAGCUGACAAAAACAAGCCCUCCAAAGUGCACUGCAGGACUUUGACAGAUAUCACUUCAUUACAAGCUGGACAAAGAGCGCUCUCCCUUUCUGCCAGUGUGACAAUGGCCUCCGCUACUUUUAUGAAAGAUACAGGCUGCACAGGCAUCCUGCACCUCCUCCUGUUCGGACUUCUUCUGCCAUCAGUAUCAGUGUCGGGCCAAACUCCCGGCCCGUCUUCGAUGCCCUCCACUGCAUCUGCCACCAAUACCCCCCAGUCCCCCACAGCCACCACUUCCGGAGGCACAGGAACCAGCACCACCAUCCAGGCUUCCGCCUCUACCACCUCUGGACCCACCAUAACUUCAACCAUCAGCCAGUCCACUGCAACACCCACCAGCAGCCCAGCAAACCCCACCAUCCAGCCCGCCACCUCCAGCAACAUUGGAGGUACAGCAAUUACCCCCACCACCCAGUCUCUCACAACCUCAGCAACCUCCGGAGGCACAGAAACCACCUCUAUCACCCAGUCACCCUCAGACCCAAGCACCUCUGGAGGCACAGCAACCACCACUAUGCCCCAGUCACCCUCAGAUCCUAGCACCUCCGGAGGCCCAGCAACCACCUCUAUCACCCAGUCACCCUCAGACCCUAGCACCUCUGGAGGCACAGCAACCACCACUAUGCCCCAGUCACCCUCAGACCCUAGCACCUCCAGAGGCCCAGCAACCACCACUAUGGCCCUGUCACCCUCAGCCCCUAGCACCUCCAGAGGCCCAGCAACCACCACUAUGCCCCAGUCACCCUCAGACCCUAGCACCUCUGGAGGCACAGCAACCACCACUAUGCCCCAGUCACCCUCAGCCCCUAGCACCUCCAGAGGCACAGUAACCACCACUAUGACCCAGUCAUCCUCAGCCCCAAGCACCUCUGACGGCACAGCAACCACCACCAUACAGUCUCCCACAACCACAGCAACCUCUGGAGGCAUAGCAACCACCACUAUGACCCAGUCACCCUCCAUCACUACCACCUCCGAUGGCACAGCAACCACCACCAUACAGUCUCACACAAUUACAUCAACCCACAGCACAGCAACCACUACAAUAAGUCAGUCACCUUCCACCAUUACCACCUCUGGAGGCACAGCAACCACCACUAUUACCCAGUCAUCCUCAGCCCCGAGCAACUCUGGAGGCACAGCAAUCACCACCACCACCAUCCAGUCUCCCACAACCAUAACAACCUCUGGAGGCAUAGCAACCACCACUGUCACCCAGUCACCCUCCACCACUACCACCUCUGGAGGCACAGCAAUCACCACCAACUAUUCUCCUACAACCACGACCACCUCCGGGGGGUCAGCAGUCACCACACAAUCCGGCACCAGCACAACAACCACUGCCAAUUCUGCAUCUUCAACUUCUAUGACCACUCAUGAUGUAACCACUGAUUAUCGUUAUUCAGGGACCACUUCUGCCUCCCCUAAAGUUGGUUCAACAACGAUGAACCAGCCUGGGACCACCGUGCCCAAGUCCAGCCCCACCAUGCCCAAGUCCAGCCCCACCAUGCCCAAGUCCAGCCCCACCAUGCCCAAGUCCAGCCCCGCCAUGACGGCCACAGGCUGGACCAGUCCAUCCACCUCCAUGACUACCAAUUCUGGUCCCAUGCCCACCAUAACUGGUGGCACGCCUAGUAUGAAUGGAACCACUAUGGUAAACCCUACUUCAAUGAGCAUGAUAUACUGCCCCUCAUUCAUGUGUAACUACACGGACUGCUAUACAAUGUACGACAGUCAGAAUGCCACUUUAUGUGCUGCUGGUGUCUAUUGUGAGCUGAUUAGACAGACGGACAUGUGCUACACUGUUAGCUGCAGCGCCUCCUGUGCUGAUAGUUGCGUCAACACCUCUCAGACCAACUGCUCAGUGAACUGCUGCAAUUCUACUGGCUGCCUCAAUAGCACUUUUGCAUCCAUGAUGGUCAUGACAACCACAGUAAUCCCAACCACCAUGAAAACGACUACUACCACACCAGCUCCUACAACGACUACUACCAGUGCGCCAACAACAGCAGACAAUAGAAAUAAAUGCCGUAAAGGUACAUGCGUUGGUCCAACUUGCUACAAAGAUUUUUCAACUACUGCACUCCAAUCAUGCUCCUCCUCACAGCCACACUGUCAGCUGAAAAAGGAGAAUGUAGACUCCGGUCUGCAGUGGACAGCAGGCUGCACCACCAACUGUUCUGGCCAAGCCCCAUGCAAGACCUCCACAACACCUCCAUGUCAUCUAGAGUGCUGCAACGCCACCAGGACCUCCUGCCUGUGGUUGAAUGGUACGCUGAAUCACCCCAAUUUUGCCACAAGAGGUCCUCAUCUUCACACAGAGUUGAUUGCGUUCUUACUUGGCCUCCUUGCCAUCACUUUGCUGCUGUGAGUGACUGAGUAGGAGCUUGCUCAGCUGCUGUGUGGGUCAUUAGGUAAUCAGAGCUGUGUGUAACUCUCAGUCCAUCCAGAGACAACAAGCUUAGCAGUGCAAAGGUAAACACCACUUUACUUAAACCCAUUUAUCUCGUGUGAUUGUAAUGUAUAUACUGUAUGUAUGGAAUUAUGUAAAGCCUCAGUGACAAUGUUGACUUUGUUUCUUGUUAUAUUAAAACUUCCCGAUCACAUUUUUAUCUCUGCUUCAAGACCAACGAAAAAUGGCUUUGAACAGUAUUUUAAAAUGAAAAAUUAUAUCAGCUUCAGGAAUCAAGAAAAACAUGUCAGAAGCAACUCAUUCGUCACAUCACUUCACAUUUAGGGUGCAAAUCACCUCUAUAAUUAACAAAAAUCAAAUAUUAAAGAGACAGUUCACCCUAAAAUUAAAACUAUUAUUUGUUCCUCUUACCUGUUGUCCUGUUUAUCAGUCGAGAUUGUUUUGGUGUGAGUUGCAGAGUGUUGGAGAUAUCGGCUGUAGAGAUGUCUGCUUUCUCUGGAAUAUAACAGACAUAACAGACCUGCUCAAAGUGCCAAAAAAUUACCCAUUAAAAAUUCAACAGCAAUGUCUCUUUCCAGAAAUCAUGACCAGGUCACUCAAGAUAAUCCACAGACCUUGUUGUGGGCAGUUUCAUGUAGGAACUAUUUUCUCUCUACCAAGGUACACCCACUAACCAUAUCACCACGCAGAAGGAAGUGUGCAUCUACUGCUAACUCACCUGAGCUAGCUAAUGUUACAUCUCAUGCUUUCAUGAGCAUGAGCCCCUCGUCCACGAGUAAAUACACACUUCCUUCUGCACGGUGAUUCAGUAGAAAGAAAAUAGUUCCUACAUGACCUGCUCACAACAAGGUCUGUGGAUUAUCUUGUGUAACUGAGUCAUGAUUUCUGGAAAGAGGAUUUUGCUGUUGAGUUUUCCAAAUUUAUUUUUUUGGCGAUUUGAGCACCACAAGGCAGACAUGGAGAGAAGGCAGACAUCUCUACAGCCGAUACCUCCAGCUCUGAGCAACUUACACCAAAACAAUCUAGACCGAUAAACAGCAUUACGGGUAAGAGGAAAAUGUGUAUUUUAUGGGUGAGCUGUCUCUUUAAAUUAUUUUCUUCUCAGUGAAGCUUUAAGAAAGAAUUUUAAAUAAUAAUUAAAACACCUUGUAAUUUGUCUGAGCCAUGGCCUUGCCCAUAACUGUAAUUAAAUUCAGUUGGUGUUUUUGUAUAGAACUCCAAAUACAGUUUUGGUUUGUGUCUUCCCACUUUAAAGUGAUUUUAGAUCCAUUUUAAUUUUGGAUGGGUAAGUGAGCCUAAACACAACAUUUCAAGUAACAUGAUUGUAAUGCUUUAUCACAAAAACCUCUCCCUAGGUUAUUAUCUCUUCAAGCCAUUGUGAGAGUGACGCAGCUAUAACUCUAUAUGCACUUUAUGAAACACAAAUGUUGAGCUGUUACAGGGUGUUGUGAAGGUUUGCUUUAGCAUUUCUGUAAGUGUAUAGAAUGUGUCAUUUAGUACUUUUGGCUACUUUUUGUCUAAUGUUUUUGUGAAUCUUGAGUUGGAUGUCCACACUGUGUGGUUUACAAAGAAUAUUUUAAGGUAUAAAGGUGUAAUGUAAAUGUUAAAUCAGAAUUCUAGUUUUGUGUACUGUAUAAAAUAUGAUGAUUGUGCCUAAAAAUGAAAUGGAUCUAA